AUGACUCGAAUCUCUUCCACUCUGGUCCUGGCCGCGGCCUUGGCUUUUAUGAGCUCGUCUCUGCUCAACGUCUCUGCCGCGACUCUACCCGCCCACAAUGUGGCUGAACGAGACAUUCAGGUUCAGUCUACCCCUGGACAAGCUCUCGCCCCGGGCCUUGCCACUCGUGACGCGCAGGAGCAAAAGUCUGCUGACGCUACCAACUCGUGGGACUGCAAAUGGUGGUAUGGUCGAUGGGUUUGCACCUGGAAAGAUGAUUGGUCCCGAAACUCUCAUGACGCUCACAACAAGCGGGACGACAUCGGCACCCUUGAUGAAGGACACGAAAUAAGCGAGCUUGUGGAGCGCGAUGAUUGGCGCGGCGGUCAUGGUGGCCACGAUCGAGACCACGGACACCACAGAGGCCACAGAGGUCAUGGAGGACACGAUCGAGACCACGGAGGCCACAGAGGUCAUGGCGACCACGAUCGAGACCACAGAGACCACAGAGGUCGCAGCGAUCUCAUGAACGGACACGAUGUGAAGGAGCUGGAGGCAAGGGACAACGGAUGGGGCGGAUGGGGUGGAUGGGGAGGCGGAGGUGGUCGAGGAGGAGGCGGAGGUGGUCGAGGAGGAGGCGGAGGCGGUCGAGGAGGAGGCGGAGGUGGUCGAGGAGGAGGCGGAGGCGGUCGAGGAGGACGCGGCCGCUUUGUCGAAGCCGAGGCCAAACAGGAGUAG